UGGGGGGAAGGAAUCAAACCCCGAAGAUGGCGGCGGCGUCGGAGGAGCGGAUGGCUGAGGAAGGAGGCGGCGGCCACGGCGACGGCGGCUCCUCUUCGGCCGCCGGCUCUGCUCAGCGACAGCCCCCACCGCCCCCACCGCAGCCCUCGCAGCCGGGGUCCCAGGCGCCCCCGGGCCCAGCGCUUGCUGCGGACCAGCUGCCUCAAAACAACACGCUGGUGGCGCUGCCCAUCGUAGCCAUCGAGAACAUCCUCAGCUUUAUGUCCUACGACGAAAUUAGCCAGCUCCGCCUGGUUUGUAAGAGAAUGGACUUGGUUUGCCAGAGAAUGUUGAAUCAGGGAUUUCUGAAGGUGGAGAGGUACCAUAAUCUAUGUCAGAAACAAGUUAAAGCACAACUCCCAAGGAGAGAGUCGGAAAGAAGAAACCAUUCAUUAGCUCGUCAUGCAGACAUCCUUGCUGCUGUUGAAACAAGGCUGUCACUGCUAAAUAUGACUUUCAUGAAGUAUGUGGACUCCAAUCUCUGUUGCUUCAUCCCAGGAAAGGUGAUUGACGAAAUUUAUCGUGUAUUGAGAUAUGUCAAUUCUACCAGAGCCCCUCAGCGAGCUCAUGAAGUACUUCAAGAGUUAAGGGACAUUUCCUCCAUGGCAAUGGAAUACUUCGAUGAGAAGAUUGUUCCAAUUCUAAAGAGGAAAUUACCAGGAUCAGAUGUAUCUGGAAGACUCAUGGGCUCCCCUCCAGUCCCAGGACCUUCUGCUGCCCUAACGACAAUGCAGCUCUUCUCCAAGCAGAACCCUUCAAGACAAGAGGUCACCAAACUCCAGCAGCAGGUUAAAACAAAUGGUGCUGGCGUGACUGUUCUCAGGCGUGAAAUUUCUGAGCUCCGCACCAAAGUGCAAGAACAGCAGAAACAGCUUCAGGACCAGGAUCAGAAACUGCUAGAGCAGACCCAGAUCAUAGGUGAACAGAACGCACGGUUGGCAGAGCUGGAACGCAAACUGCGAGAAGUAAUGGAGAGUGCAGUCGGAAACUCCUCGGGUUCAGGGCAGAAUGAGGAGUCUCCUCGGAAACGAAAAAAGGCAACGGAAGCCAUAGACUCUCUUAGGAAAUCUAAACGUCUUCGCAAUAGAAAGUAAAUUGGAAUGUGGUUGUAGCGCCAGAAGAAGACAUGGCUUAGUAGCUUAAGCAGUUACGCGUAUCAGGGCACUGUGAGCACCAUGGCGUCCCUUGGGCUUCUAGGCUGUCAGAACACAACUUAAACGUGAACUCUUUCAUGGUUAAGGCAUUCUUCCCCGCUUCUCCUGGGUGAACUGAUGCACAGAAUCUUUUCCUUUGCAAUAGAUUUGUACUAACCAGACCUGUUCUAUCAUGUUUUGAGGAGUUAACUUUCCUGUGCAGAUAAUGUUUAACGUUUGUUUCUGCAUACGUGCACAUUACAUAAGGAUCUUAAACAAACCCAGUCUCGAGAGACUAGAAGUUAAGUUUAAAUACAGAAAAUGUCCUGCUCACUUGAAAGAAAAGACCUACUUUUUAAAUGGACACUAUCUUGUUUUUUAAAAAAAAGUUGACUUUUUGUUAUAAGUGACCUUUGUCUGGAAUGUCUGAAAAGUAGUUUAUGCUUUUUGGUAUUGAAGUAAUGGGUAACUAAAGCGGACUUACAUAGUAUUGACUGUAGAAGGGGCCUCUACAGUACUGACUAUAUAUUUUUAUAAACUGGCAAGGGACUUACCCAGUUGUUAUAUACAUGUUCUCAGUUCUCUUUGGGGGCCAUGUCCUACAUUUGCAUGGAUGGAUGCAUGCAUUGCCUAAUCAGCUCACUUAAAAAGCUCUUGCACUGGUAUUGAUCUUGAACCUUUAUACAUCACUUUUUAGAGCAGCUUCUUAGUUUAUUUAAGCGCUUAACAUCUUCCACCACAACAGCUUGCCUCUAGAGGGUAAUUGUUAGUCCAUUUGCCCUCCGGUUUUACAGGGGCAAGAGAGUAUUGAAGCCCAUUGCUGUAUCUAUUCUCUGUAGGGCUCAGGUACACUGGAUAAGGCAGAACCCCAAGUUCCAAGGCUCUUUCUGUUGAUAUCAGACCGCCAGUAACUAGUACUGCUCCUUACUCAGCACUGUGUCACUUGCUGAUCAACUGUGAUUGAAUAGGGGACACAACUGUAGGAUGCAGUUUUGGCAUUGAAGCAGAGUUCAUUGAAGAAAAAUUGUACUAUGAAGAAGCAUUUCAUUUCUGGAGGUGAUCUUAGGGAGGCUUUUUGGUAUUAAUUCUGAGCUUUCCUUAUCCUCCAAUGUUAAACAAAAGCUUUAAUUUCUUUUGCACUCCUGUUUUGAGCGUGUAACCGGAAAAGCAUGUCUUGCACUGUUUAGCCUUUUGAGUGGUCACUUUAACAACCUCCAAAUUGUGUACAGUGUUCAUUUUUCCCGGUUGUGUAUUCUUGAGACAUUAUCCAACUAUCACUGUCCUAGUUUUAUUUUAUGUACUAAAUUAUGUAGCUGUUAUUUGUUAAAUUCUUUUAAGCAGCUGUUGCCUUGGGCUUCAGUUAUUUAAAGUAAAUUUAGGUGUAAAGUAGAAAAUGGUCCCUUUCCAGGUGGGAGUUUGACACCUGUAUAAACCUAAGGUUUUGGUAAGUACCUUCGUUGAAUAAAAGCACAAGGCUGCCACCGUUUACAUCCGUCCAACAUGACAUGGUUAUGCAUCCUUUAGAUUAACCUCACCAAAUGAAACUUUUUCCUGUCCAUUUUUAAUAUUGUCCUUACACAAUAUUGUCCUUAGAUUUUGGUCAAUUCUAUGUCUAACUUUGAAACUCCAUUUACAAUGUAGUAUGUUUUCAAUGAAAAACCAUAAAGUAACAUCCAAGUGUUUCAUGGCUUGUUGGGAAGAUAAUUUUAAAAUAAACAAUUUCCAAAAAAACAUUUGUCAGCCAAGGUCAUCCGUAAAAGUCCCCGCUGGAGAUCAUUUUCUCAGCAGGUCUCGUUUUUGUAAUCAUAGGAUUUAGCCAUAUUGUCAUAACUUUGGAGGAGGCCUACUGGAACACUCACGGCCUUUAAUAGUCUGCUUUGCUGGUAUUGGAAGACUCUUAAAAUGACCAAGUACAUGUUUACAGGGUUACGAAGUAUGACCCUUAUGCAUUGGAGGGAUAUAGCCUUAGAUUGUUUCUUUCAUAGUAGUUAAUGAAUUGCCAAGAAUUUCCUGAAUUUCUUUUUAAACUACAUCUAGAUACCCUAAGUGGACCUAUAGUCUUCCAUUGGUGAACAUGAGUACAUGGCAUUCAUAAUAAGCAUUCACACUGUUAGAAUGUAGGUUUUCUAUUUCAAGAUCCAAACUUCUACAGCAUACACUUGUAACCACCUGUCCAUAAGGCUGAUGAGUUGCGCUUGUUGAUGCAUGAAUGUUCCAUAACAGAGAAUAAAACACUACAUUUUAGUCUUAACUCGUAGACUGUCUAGCUCAAACACGUUAGGAAACUGCCUUCACCAUUAAUCAGGUGUUUGCUUUUGGAUGGCAUAGUGGUAUUUAAGGUUCAACAAAUGACAAAUUAUUUUGAUCGUCUAAAACUGACAUAUUUCAGGAAAAUUGUAAAUUCGCUUCCUGAGAGAGCCAUCCUGCCCUGCGUUAGAAGUCAGUGAUUUAAAUGCUGUAUGCUGUUAAUACUGUAUUGUCCUAGAGCUACAUUUCAUGAAGUAUUCCAUCAUCUUCCUUGGCUGUUUUUCAGAGACUUCUCUAUUGUAAUGGAUCGUUCCCAUUUACGCAUUUAUUAUGGUACAACACUACAGACGUGCAUCAAAUGUGAAAAGGCAUACAUAAGAAAUUAAGGGGAUUGGUCCCACCCCCUCGCCCCAACCAGAGCCUCUGCAUAGAUCCACAUGGACUUGUUUUACUUGAUUUUCACAUAUUUUGAGGUUCUUGAACCUGUUGUUUCUCAAACUCCUCUUUUGAUGUAUAGAGCCAGGAAAUAACGGGGCAAACAAAAAUAUUCCAAGUGAUCAUACUGUUUAAAGACUAUUGGGGCGCCGUUGGGUCUAAAGCCACUGGUUUUGAAGCAACUUUUUUUUUUUUUUUUUUAAACGUGUUUUUUGGAGUACUGAACUUUACAGGGGCUUGCCUUAAUCUCUAUUUAGUAGUUUCAAAAUAAAUGCGCUAUUCUACAUGUUGAAAUAUUCUAUGUAGCCCCAAAAGUGGG